AUGGCGCUGACAAAUGCCACCAUCAUCGGUACGGCUGGUUCCGGCAACACAGCCAUCACCAAAACAUACCACCACCAUGCCGCCAAACCCACCAUUUUCAUAUCCUCUCCUUUCCCCCGCAGCCCUUCUUCUAAUCGUAGGAGAAGUAAAGCCAAGCCCAUUUCCGCUGUGGCCACAACCCCACCGGCACAAAAGGGUUGGAGCCCCGACAGCUGGAAAUCCAAGAAGGCCUUUCAGCUCCCCGAGUACCCCGAUAAACUGGAGCUUGAGUCCGUGUUGAAGACCCUUGAAUCGUUCCCUCCCAUUGUCUUUGCUGGCGAGUCUCGCCGCCUUGAAGAAAAGCUUGGACAGGCCGCACUUGGGAAUGCUUUCUUGUUGCAAGGCGGUGAUUGUGCGGAGAGCUUCAAAGAAUUCAAUGCCAAUAACAUUAGGGACACCUUCAGAGUCAUUUUACAGAUGGGUGUUGUCCUCAUGUUUGGUGGUCAAAUGCCCGUCAUUAAGGUUGGCAGGAUGGCAGGCCAAUUUGCCAAACCAAGAUCUGACCAAUUUGAAGAGCGGGAUGGAGUGAAGCUGCCUAGCUAUAGAGGGGACAAUGUGAAUGGGGAUGCUUUUGAUGAAAAAUCUAGGAUUCCAGAUCCUCACAGGCUGAUCAGAGCCUAUGCUCAAUCUGUUUCGACAUUGAACCUGCUAAGGGCAUUCGCUACUGGAGGAUAUGCUGCCAUGCAAAGGGUUUCCCAGUGGAAUCUUGACUUCACUGAGGAUAGUGAGCAGGGUGAUAGGUACCGGGAGUUGGCUCACCGAGUCGACGAGGCCCUUGGCUUCAUGAGUGCUGCUGGCCUUUCGGACAGUCAUCCCAUCAUGUCUACAACUGACUUCUGGACUUCACAUGAGUGCUUGCAUUUGCCUUAUGAGCAAGCGCUCACAAGGGAAGACUCAACUACUGGUCUUUAUUAUGACUGCUCUGCGCACAUGAUCUGGGUAGGUGAACGCACUAGGCAGUUGGAUGGUGCCCAUGUUGAAUUUCUGAGAGGACUUGCCAACCCUCUUGGCAUCAAGGUGAGUGACAAAAUGGAUCCAAAUGAGCUGGUUAAGCUCAUUGAUCUUCUGAAUCCGCAGAAUAAACCUGGCAGAAUCACAGUGAUAACCAGAAUGGGGGCAGAAAACAUGAGGGUGAAGUUGCCUCAUCUUAUCAGGGCAGUGCGCGGGGCAGGGCAGAUUGUCACUUGGGUUAGUGACCCGAUGCAUGGGAACACAAUUAAAGCUCCUUGUGGACUAAAAACCCGUUCUUUUGAUUCAAUCAGGGCUGAGUUGAGAGCUUUCUUUGAUGUGCAUGAUCAAGAAGGGAGCUAUCCUGGAGGUGUACACCUGGAAAUGACUGGACAGAAUGUGACAGAAUGCAUUGGAGGCUCUCAAACAGUUACCUACAAUGAUUUGAGCUCACGAUAUCACACACAUUGUGACCCACGUCUUAACGCUUCUCAAUCGCUUGAGCUCGCCUUUCUCAUAGCAGAGCGGCUGAGGAAAAGAAGGCACAGAACAAGCCCUCUAUUUUGA